AUGAGGCUGGGGAGCGAAGAGGCCGUGCAGGCAGCGCGCUGGGGCGUGUGGUGCGCGUGGGGUGGCGCGCUGACGCUGUUCGGCCUCAAGUUGGCGUGGCGCUGGCUCGACGGUCUGACCUCGUUCGGGAAGACUACGCUGGCCCCGCCACCGCUGCCCCAUCAACUUCUGGGCUUCUCCUCGCGGGUGGUCUUCACCUCGGCCUAUGCCGCUUAUGCAAGCGCGGGUUCGUGGUACCUGAUGUUCGGUUCGCUGUUGGAACUGCAUCUGCUGCGACGACUUUACGAGUGCCUGUGCGUGCAUCGCUUCUCACCACGGCCCGUGAGCGACGCCAAUGCCAUGUUCGCUGGCGGGUACUACUUCUUCGUGUGCCUCGCGCCUUGGGUCGAGUUCGUGGCGGACACCUGGACCGCACCGGCGGUCGAACACGACCAAGAGACGACAUCGACGUUCAGCCCAAUCACGUCGGUGUGCGGGUGCUGCCUCUUCUUCUUCGCCAGCUGGCACCAGCAUGUGUGCCAUCGCAUCCUGGCGCGGCUACGAACCACAUCAACUCAUUCGUCGUCGCCAUCGUCGUCGACAUCGACGCACGUCGACGCCCACGGAGCGACACGACGACGCACCCCAAGCCACGAGCUACAGAAGAAGGCCCAGCUGGUGUCGGCGCCGGGCCAGGAGGGCCGCUACGGGCUGCCGACAGGCGAUUGGUUCGAGUACGUGUCUUCGCCGCACUACCUGGCCGAGAUCCUGAUCUACGUGGCCUUCGUGAUGAUCACCGGCGGCCGGGUGGUGUGCCUGUGGCUCAUCCUCGCCUUCGUCGUGGCCAACCUCACCCGCUCGGCCCUGCAGACCCACCGGUGGUACCAGGGCCUGUUUCCCGCGGCUCUGCCCAAGCACCGCCGGGCACUCUUCCCCUGUCUUCUCUGA